AUGCUGUUACCAUGCGAGCUCAGCGAGCUGGGGUGGUUUGCAGAGUCACCCAAGUGGCCUGAGAACUUGACCAUUCCUGCCGGAUUUCUUUUCGACAUCCCUGACUUGCGCAAUUUGCUCUCCACAGCCGAGAGGCAGCGAGUGCAAGACUUCAAGGAGACCGUGGAUGAGGAGAUUGUGCCCCCAGAAAACGUGUCGGUCACCGACGGCGACUGCCCCGUGCCUUUCGCGAUCGGCGGCGGUUGCAAAUGCAAGGAGGGCUGCGGCGGUUGCAGCAAGGCGGGCUGCACUCCGCAACCUUACUUGAACUCAGACUUCACAUCGGACACGAGCCUUUCCUGCGAGGGGCCAUGGCCUCCACCUAUCGACUUGGUGGCCAUUCACAAGACGAUAUGUGGGCCUAGGAGGGUUCAUAAGGCUUUCGCGGAGGGCAAGACAACGCAGCGUGACGGAAUCUAUGUGAAAUGCGAGGUGGGAACCUUGAUAGGUGGUGCUUGCAGUAAGUUUUUGCCAUACGAUGGCGCCGAGAUCCUAGCUGCGUUUCCUGACGAUCGGAACACGUUCCGAUGCCUCGGAACUGGCGAGUGGAGUGAGGAGCCAGUCCACUAUACAGUGGCCCGUGGAUGGUGUCUGGAGCUUAAGGGGAAUGAGAAGGUCAUCAUGGUCAGGAGGGAAGGUCGUGACACUGCUUCUGUCCAAUGUCCUGAUGGUUAUCAGGUUGUGGGAGGGGGGUGCACCUUUAUCGAGGGCUUUGAGUUCACGCUUCGCGAGUCCUACCCAACAUCCCGGAACACAUGGGAGUGCGUCUUUGACUCGACAUGGUCCUGUGGCGAAGGCAGUCCGGUGUGUCUGCGCAGUGAGGCUCGCGCUAUGCACCGGCGCUUCUGCGGAAAGGCUCUGCAGGCGUUGGGAGGCAAGCUGGAGAAGGUUUGCGAGGCGCAUGAGGAUGCCCUCGAUCGAUUUCUUCAGGAGCUGGAUGGCAGCGUGGCGAGCUCUUCAGCGCAGAUUCGUGACGGAUUGCGUGACUUUGAGCAGCUGCACUUCCUUCCUGGAAGCUCCCGGGUGGCAGGUCCCCUGGCUGAGAGCGCCGUGCCAAGCGCGGCCGUGACCGAGGAGGUGCCUUCCUCCGACGGCCAAGCGGAAGGAAAACAACGCUGGGCGGUUGCGAGACAGAAAGCACUGAGUCGCGGAGAAGAGGUCGACUGUCCCAUCUGCUUCCAAGCCUGCGACUUGCUCGGCCGUGGGAGCAAGGCGAUCGGGUGGAACUUCUUUCUUGUUCUCAUGAGGGUGUUUCACCGCUGCUGCCUGAUGUCCUUCGAGUCCUUUCAUGUCUUCGAGAAAUCCUGA